GUUCUUGGUCCAUACCAGGGAAGAGUAUAGCUUAAACAUCAGCUAGAACGUAAAAGGGCAAAGGAAACAUGGGGUUUCUAACGUUGGCCCUUUUAAUCGCCAUCGCUUCUUCUGUGGCGACAGGACGUCAGCAAUACACCAAGUGUAUCCGUGAGGGGCGGCUCCUUCCGUACCCGCUGGACACGUCUGGUCGCAGCCAGGACAAGGACUCCACCGUGAACCAGGACACUUCUUGCACCGACCACCCCAGCUCCAGCAACUCCGUCGCCUCUGCCCCGUUCUACCACGGCACGACCCCCCUGUUCCGGCGGCGUGAGGUGACGGAGGUGUGCACGCUGUGUACCGUACACCGCGUCCUGCUCUUCCGCGGGGAGGUCUUCGAGUGGGGCGUCGGCGCCGACGACUGGGAGGAUAAGGUGGCGUGGGAAGGCUACCGCUGUCCGUCCGACUGCCAGAUCCUUUGGGCGAAUUAUGCGGCCGGUUACAGCACUUGUACCCGAGAACAGGCUGAGCAGUUCACGCGGGAUUUCAAGGCUCGCUACGGCACCUACAACCUGUUUACCAACAACUGUCAUCAUUUCGUCAACCGCCUGAUGAACUACCUGGACUCGGGCUGCACCAGAAUCCCGUGGUGAUUGCCAUGGCAACGUCGGACGUCUUCGGCAUUCUCCGGCAAGUCGUCGGAAUGACGUCAUCGCUACAGGUGUCAUCGUCAGAGAGACGAAAUCAUAAUUCCAAGCAUCAUUUUGAGCAGGCGAUGUGAAUAAAUAAAUGAUGUAUCAAUAUUAC